AUGACUUUAAUCAGUGGAAUUUGUAGCCUUUUGGCUUUAAGUCUAUUAUCACCAGUACAAAGUAUUGUUAGUUUAAUAGCACUUUUUGUUAGUGUAGCUAUCACAUUAUAUUCAUCUGGAUUUGAAUUACUUGGUAUCUUAUAUAUAUUAGUAUAUGUAGGAGCUAUAGCUAUUUUAUUUUUAUUUAUAUUAUCUUUAUUAAAUAUUGAAUAUAGUUAUAAAGGUACAUUUAAUAAAAAAAUAGUUUAUGUUUUAUUAAUAUGUUUAAUACCUUUAGAUUUAUUAUAUGAAACUUUUGAUACAAUAGAUAAUAUCAAUUAUAAUAUAGUUGAAAAUAUUAAUGGUAUUUAUAAUACUAGUUCAUUACAGAAUUGAGAUUUAGAAUUAACAACAGUAGGUACUGUAUUUUACACAGAAUAUGCGAUACCACUUGUACUAAUUGCUAUAGUGUUAGUAUUAUCAGUUAUAGGGGCAAUAGCAAUAACUAAAUAA